CGCGUGUUCAGGAGCUUUAAGACUGGAGAUGGACCGUUGUCAUUCAUCGAUAGUGCGUCCCUGCCUUCCUGCGCGUACGUGCUGCAUCCACAUGCAUCGACUCAUGCGGUCGAAGAAGACCUUAAAUCACACAAGAACGGUCUGAGCACAGCCCGCGCCUUCAUGACUUCGAGAAGCAAAUUUUCUCAUUUGCUUAUUAUUUAGGCUAAAAAGCUCUUCGUCCGUGCCGCUUCAGAGGACGGUGUGGUGAGGGUUAAAUUUGCCAAAGGCGUCCGUCUUUUGCGUUCUCAGAAAGGGUUUACUCUCGAAUAUCUCUUGCAAAUGUUUGAGCCUGAAAUGAAUAUAUGGGUUAGGUCAGAUCAGGUUGCAGAGGAUGUGAAGUCUGAUUACGAAGCAAAAUGGUGGCAAUGUUGCAGAACUGGUAAUGCUUUUGAGAUCGCAGAGAUGCUUAAAGGUGGCGGCCAGGCGCUAGCUUGUGCACGCGACGCGAAUGAUAGGAGUGGUCUGCACUAUGCAUCUGGUUUAGGCAGUCAGGAAUGUGUUCGCGCACUUCUAGCGUAUGGUGCUGAAGUUGAUGCUAAGGACAAAGACUGUUUUACUCCACUUCAUAUCGCAGCAGGUUACUUGCACGAGGAUAUUGUCAGUACAUUGGUGAAGUCUGGAGCAGACCCUGAGUUGCAAGAUAUUUCCGGACGAUCACCUCUUGACCUCAUUGAAGGACUCUUGUUAAGCACACCGGCAACUACUGUGACAUAUGCCCGUCGUUCUAUAAUGGAAUCUAUUACAAGGACGCUGGAAGAUUUCGUUUUUGAAGAGGUACCUCCUGCUGCCAUUAAAGCUUGCCGCUUAACAGAAAAUGAGCAAAAGGAAUAUCUUAUUGAGUGGUUAGAUGAGAUGCCACCCAGUUGGGUCUCGGAAAAGGAUAUAUCAGAUGAAGUCAUAGAAGACUUUGAGAUGGGCCUGGAGUAUGCUGAAAUACUGAAGAAAUAUGACCCACCUUGCCCUGCUGAUGAGAGUGUUAGUAAACGGCGACAGCUUGUCAAGUGGGCGGAUGGCGCAGCUUUAAGCUGGGAACCCUUUUCAGAUCACUAGUGGAGCCAUUUCAAUUAGAAUUCUCUCCGCCUCCUGCGCAGUCGCAGGUGUGUCAAAGUGUUCAAGAAGAAAGUAAGAAUUCGAACUUUCUACCCCACCACAAAAAUUGGACGUGCGCGCACGCUCGUGGGGCGGAAAAUAGAAGAGUCCGCACAGAUCCCUAUUUUUGUAAUCUCCACACACUCACACUCGUGAGCUCUUUUACGCC